AUGGAAGAGAAUCCAAGCGUGCAUCUAUCUGGAGCUGGGUCAGCCCAAGAUGAGGUGGAGAGCACAGCAGAGCAUCCCGUGCAGCAAGAGCCCACCCAAGAAACACUUGAGCACCAAGUGACAAACAGCUGGCCUGAGACCUCCUGCAAGCCAGAGGAAGACUCUUCGGGGUGUAAACCACCAACUGCUGAUGGGGGAGAGAUGACGCCAUUGGAUUUAGCUGGCCCCGCAGUAGAGGAGGAGGUUCCCCAGGAAACUGAAGUGUCACUGGAAGAAUCUCGGAAGACAAGAGAUGAUGUCUCAGAAAGAUCCCAGGAAGAAGAUGACUUGGAUGAAGCCAAACUGGCCCAUGAUAGAACGGACAGCAAAGGAGACAGCCCUGUCCACCAGGAAACAGGCGAGGACUGGGAGACAAGCAGGCAAUGUGAAAGCUCCUACACAGCAGAGGAAGAUGCUUCAUCCAGAAGCAAGGCACUGAGCUCUGACGGUAAAAUGACGCAUUCGGAUGUGACUGCCACAGAAGAUGCCACCAAGGACCUCCUGGAAGAGAAGAGCACUAGUGCCCCUCUCCUACAUCGGGAGCCAGAAGAGCACAUAGAGCAAGAAACACAGGAGAGUGGAUCCGAAGGCACAUUAAGGAGCAGACAUGGGACCAAAGGGCACACAGCCCCAAAGCUGGAGGCUCAGUCCUGCUUGCAGAAUGUCACCACCCAAAACACAGACCAGGAGAAGGCCAAAAAGUCCUUUUUGCUGAAAGGUGAGAAAAAGAAGCUUCCCUUGCGUGUUACUCAUCGACCAGAAGGCACUGAUCCUCCAGGAACAACAAGGCUUUUCAUCGUCAGCUUCCUAUUGCUCUGCUUCUGCGUAUUCUGCUUCGGCAACCUGACCUCCAAGUCCCAGCAAGCCCUCUUUUUUUUGUCAUUCCUUUCCCAGUUCAACCAGCUGCAGGACAGGUUUCCGGGGCAGAGUCCCGACCUGUGGCUUCGCGGGCGCAAGUUCCUGCGGAAGCACCUCAACGCAUCCCACCACACACAGCCGGCCAUCAUCAUCUUCACGGCCGCCCGCAGGGGCGAGCGGACCUUGCGAUGCCUUAGCGCCCGUGUGGCCGACACCUACUCGGCUGCCCUGCAUGCCAACACGGUCCACAUCAAUGGCAUGGAUAAAUCCAGGCUCCAGAGUGACCAGGCCAAGCUGGAGGUGGAAUUAGAGCUGAGCUCAGCUUUCCAGGCUGGGAGCCGUGCUGCGGUGGUACAUCGCUUUGAGUUGCUGCCGGCGGGGGCCACUCUCAUCUUCUACAAGUACUGUGACCACGAAAGUGCUGCUUUCAAGGACGUGGCCCUGCUGCUGACCGUGCUGCUGGAGGACGAGACGCUGGAGACCCACAUCAGCCUCCGGCAGGUGGAAGAAAGGGUCCGUGACUUCCUCUGGGCCAAGUUCACCAGCACCAGGACCCCCAGCUCCUACGACCACAUGGACUCUGACAAACUGAGUGGGCUGUGGAGCCGCAUCGCCCACCUGGUCCUACCGAUCCACCCGGUGCAAACCAUCGAGAAGGGAGGCUGCCACAUCCACACCAAACCCUAG